GCAGAGGGAGCGCCGAGACGGUGGUUACCGCUGAUAACAGCUCUCUUCUAAGCUUUUCUCGACACACCCCUUCUCCAUCCAUCUCUUUGUUGUUUUCCACGCAGACGCAGUUCUUAUUUGAAAGAAUGGCAGCCAAAAGGCUUCUUGAUGAUUCCGGUCGGGACCCAGCUGAGCCGGAGGGCAAAAAGAUGAAAACCAGACCUUCUUUUGCUGCUGUAAUUUCUGAAGCUGUGAUGGUGAAAUCCUUACAAAACUUCUGUUCAGCCUUGGAGCCAUUGAUUAGAAGAGUGGUGAAAGAAGAGGUAGAACAUGGGCUGAGACGCAGUGCACGCUUGCAGCUGCAAAGAUCUCCUUCAUUGCAAUUCCGAGCACUUGAACCUUCAAGCUACAUACUGAGUUUCAGCAAUAAGCUUUCACUCCCAGUGUUCACGGGGAGCAAACUUGAAGAUGUAGACAACAGACCACUUCAGAUCUUUCUCAUGAACACUGAAGGCGGUCAGCAGUUUCGGACUUCCCUCCCGCAGCCGAUCAAAAUAGAGAUCGUUGUUCUUGACGGAGACUUCCUUUCUGAUGAACGAGAGGAUUGGAGCAGUGAAGAAUUCAAUAACAAAAUUGUGCGAGAAAGAGCAGGGAAAAGGCCAUUGCUCACCGGAGAUGUGGCCGUAACCUUGAGGGAUGGGUAUGCUUCCAUCGGGGAAUUCUCGUUUACUGAUAACUCGAGUUGGAUUCGCAGUCGGCAUUUCCGAUUGGGUGCAAGGGUGGCUCCGGGAAGUUAUCAGGGUGCUAGGAUACGUGAAGCCAAGACCGAGCCCUUCAUUGUUAAAGAUCACCGAGGAGAAUUAUAUAAGAAGCAUUACCCACCAAUGUUAGACGACGAAGUAUGGCGUCUGGAGAAGAUAGGAAAAGAAGGAGCCUUCCAUAAGAAGCUAGCCUCGGAGGCCAUUAACACAGUUCAGGACUUCUUGAAGCUCUGGGUUGUUGACUACGCCAAGCUAAGAAGGGUAUUGGGCGUGGGGAUGUCGGACAAGAUGUGGGAAGCGACGAUCAAGCAUGCCAAGAUGUGCCCAGUGGAUAACAAGCUAUAUAGGUGCUUUGGACGAGGCUUCACCAUAUAUUUGAAUUCUAUAUGUCAAGUUGUAGCUAUCAUGCCUCAAGGCCAGAACUACCAAAUCUCCAACUUAACCACUUCUCAGAAGGCGCAAGUAGAUCAAUUGAUUAAGGAUGCAUACAAUCAAUGGGGUUCGCUGGAAGAGCUAGAUGGGCAUAAUCUAUCUGAGAAUGCUCUAGUGGCCACUCCAGGUUAUAUGGAGGCGUAUUCCACUCAGCAUCAAGACCUCACAACAUCUAUCCAACAGAAUGAAUUUUUCGAUGGUGGAUUUGCAGAGCUGGACAACCUACCAACUAAUUCACAUAUGGCAUAUGAUCAUGGUUGGUCAUAAAAUCCAGCAUAUUUGAACUCGUUUAUAGAGAACCAAUGCCAAUUUCAAGCUAAAUGGAUUGCAGUAGGAGUAGUCAGUAGUGUAAAUCUGUUAAUACCAUGUAGUUCUCUAGCUAAAUGCAUCGUAUCCUCUCAGUAAGUCGCCGCCCCUUGGUGAAAUGUCGUGGCUAUGGCGCAAGAUGAAGUGAUUUGCUCCCGAGGAAUUCAUUUGCCUUUUUGGUGCUUCAGUAGUGUUCUGUUUACCACUCAUCUCAUCAAACACAACAGAUGAAUGCUCAUGUAAAUGUUUGUUGCCUGGUUUUGUUUUCCUGUUUUCCAACUUUUCCUUUUGGGAGGAUUAAAAAUUAAAGCUUCAAGUAUGGUGGCUAAUAUCCCACUGUUUUGUAGCAGUAAGCCUUUUGUCUCAAGUCUCAACCCUUUUUGUACUAGUUCCUUGUUAAUUGCAUAGUGUUUACUUCCUAAAUGCAGCACUUUCAUGAGAACUUUUACUGAUUUUA